AUUUAUAUUUAUAAAAAAAAAAAAGAUAACGCGAGAAGCACACAGAACAUACGAGAUAAAGAAAAUGGGAGUGGUGUGCGCGACCAACUCUUGUUCGUCUUCUCUGUGGACUUGGAAGAAACGUUCCUGCUUUUAUUCGAAUCGCAAUACAAAUUUCUCCAAGCGGAGGGUUGUGAAGGCCUUCUUCUUCGAUCCCAAUCAAGUGCCCAUCCUCAAUCAAGCUGUUAAGGAGCCAGUAGCCUUCAUGGGUGGGGUGUUUGCUGGGAUUUUAAGGCUUGAUUUGAAUGAAGAUCCAUUGAAGGAAUGGGUGGUUAGAACUGUGGAAGCCUCUAAUAUCAGUGAGGAUGAGAUUUCUGCUGAAGGGUCCCAAGAGGAAGAAGACGCCCCUCAACAGAUCCAGAUUGAAUGAAACCUAAAUCCCAUGUUUC